AUGUACAGUGCAGUCCUUUCCAUUACGCCAGCAGAGGAUGACAGUACAAGCAGUAAUACAACAGAGAAUGAAGAAUCUUCUGUUUAUGUACAGUCAUACAGUGGUAAUAUAUUAAUAACAGAUAAAAUCACAUUUAUAUCAGCAGAUAAUAAAUUCAGCACAGAAUUAAAUACACAUAGCAUAGAAUAUAUUGCACACAGUGAGAGUAUACUUAUAACACAUUGUAGCAUAAAUUAUAGUAUCACAUCACCACAUAAGAAUAUUAUUAUAACAGAAAUAAACCAAUUAAUAAGCCAGCACUUAAACACCACAGAAAUAGAAGAAAUAGAAUGCGUAUACGAUAAGGGGAUAGAUAUAGAACUAAUUACACAAUGGUUAAUAAAUAAAAACUUUAUAGAAAAAAUAAAAAUAAAAUAA